AUGCACAUCCCUCCGUUUUACCUCGUCGCCACUCUUACCCUUGGCCUAAGUGCCUUGGGAAAGAAGACCAAAAAUUGCGUCUGCUCUAACCGAGCGUUGGAACAGUGCUUGAUUGCCAAACACAUACCCUACAAAGUCCCUUGUGACUCUGAUUAUGAUGGAUAUAGCCUGACGCAUAACCUUCGUCUGCCUAUCAAGCCAGCUGCCAUUGUGUUACCUAAGGAUUCUAACCAGGUCUCAGCCGCCGUCAUCUGCGCUGGCCGGAGUGGAGUCAAAAUCCAGGCCAAGUCUGGUGGGCCACGGACAGACUCGUAUGGGUCAUACAGCUCUGGGGGCAUUGACGGCCAGGUGAUGAUCGAUCUGCGUAACUUCAACAAGACCGUCCUAUCCACCGACGGGACCAACAUCGCUAAGGUCGGCGGCGGUGUUCGCUUGGGACCCAUGGCCUCGGCCGUGUAUGAGCAAGGCACCAGAGCCAUUUCUCACGGCAUCUGCCCGUCGGUAGGCAUCGGCGGGCAUUCCACCCACGGCGGCUGGGGCUACACUUCACGGGCCUGGGGACUUACGCUCGAUCACAUUGUGUCAAUGGACGUUGUGCUCGCAAACGGCACCGUGACCCAGACGAGUCCAACCCAGCAUCCCGACCUCUACUGGGCCAUGCGAGGAGCUGCCGACAGUAUCGGCAUUGCGACUAGCAUCUCGCUGAAAACACAUCCGGCCCCCGAGGAAGUCUGCGUUUUUAUAUACGAGUUCCCAACCGUUGCCGAGAGUGUCCCAAAGUCCGUGAGCAUGCUUAUGGGUAUCCAAAACUACAUGAGCAACGCGACACUCGUCGACCGGCGCCUGUCCCUCUCAGUUCAGACGACUGGGAACCCAGACCCGGAGUCCGGGAAUUUUACCAGGGGCCUCCUCAUAGCGGGCGUUUUUAUGGGCAGCCUCAUGGACUUCACCUCCCGGAUAGAACCAGAGCUGUUACGGCAAGCCCCCGACGCCCCCUCAACCCACGAAGUCCAGUCCUACAACUGGAUCAACUCGCUCCGGCGACAGAGUCCCGACGGCACGCUGGACGGCAAGCCAGAGUCGCUCGACUUCUUCGGCAACAGCGUGACCGUCAACAGCCCGGGCUUGACCGAGGAGGCCGUGACCAACUACUUCACCUAUCUCCUCACGGGGCCCGCGCCACCCGUGUCGUUCGAGGCCAGCAUGGAGCUGUGGGGCGGCGCCGACAGCCAGAUCAACCUUGCGGCCAAGAACACGAGCUUCGCGGCGUUCCCGCACCGCAACGUCUUCUGGACGGCCCACAACCGCGCCGGGGUCUCUCCGGACGCGCCCUUCCCUGAAAAGGGCAUCACCUUUCUCAACGGCCUGCGCCAGGCUAUUAUUGAUGGGUUGCAUGCCCCGACGGCUGCGUACCCGAACUUGCUGGAUACCAGUCUGACGCGGGAGGAGGCCCAUAAACUGUAUUAUGGGGAUGAGGUGCUGGCGAGGUUGCAGCGCAUCAAGGCGGUGUACGAUCCGAGGAAUCUCUUUUGGAAUCCGCAGUCGAUUUGA